CGGGUCGUGGACUGGAUUUUUUUAAGAGGGUCAGACAGCGGCAGCCCUCGAAACUCAACUCUACAGUGCCCGGAAGCGCAGUUACACUCGUGUGAAAGCUGCACACAGAAGCAGGGCGAAGCACUGACUGCGAAUUCUUUACCUUGUGUAAGUUUGUGACGUGAGCAUUUGUGUAACGUUUAUGCUUGUAAGGUGGGCUUGUGCAACGGAGAACACGGCCAACACAGCACUCCCAAUUCAUGCUACGAAGAUUCGCUAUGCAGGCAGCAAAAGUUUCAGACACUCCUGUGGAAUUUGUCACAGAGUACCUGCUGAAGGCUAAAGAGAUCGCAGAGAAUAAUGCAAAUGUUCCCGCUGAGCUGUGUGAUAAUCUUCAGAAGGCCCUGGACCUGGCUAGCGGAUUGGAUGGUUACCUUGAACAAAUGAGCAGCCAGGAAAGUGAACCGUUGGCUGAGUUGUAUAGGAAAUCUAUUUCUCAUGACUGGAAUAAGGUGCAUGAGGAUGGAAAAACCUUUUUCAGGCUUCCUAUUACAUGCAUCACUGGACAGGUAGAAGGUCAGGUAUUAAAGAUGCUGGUCCAUAUGAGCAAAGCAAAGAGGGUCUUAGAGAUAGGAAUGUUCACAGGAUAUGGGGCUUUGUCAAUGGCCGAGGCCUUACCAGAGAAUGGCCAACUUAUUGCAUGUGAGCUCGAGCCUUACCUGAAAGAAUUCGCACAACCUAUAUUUGACAAGUCUCCUCAUGGCAAAAAGAUAACUGUGAAGACUGGGCCUGCUAUGGACACCCUGAAGGAAUUAGCUGCCACGGGAGAGCAGUUUGACAUGGUUUUCAUCGACGCAGACAAACAUAACUACAUCAACUAUUACAAGUUCCUCCUGGACCAUAACCUGCUGCGGAUAGAUGGUGUUAUAUGUGUUGACAACACACUGUUUAAAGGGAGAGUUUACCUCAAGGACUCAGCAGAUGAUUUUGGAAAAGCCUUGCGAGAUUUUAAUCAGUUCGUCACAGAUGAUCCUCGAGUAGAGCAGGUCAUUAUUCCUCUGAGAGAUGGCCUCACUAUAAUACGAAGACUGCGCUACACACCUCAGGCAAACACACAGCUGAAGAGCACAGUGACGUAUGAUGAGGUUUUCAGAGGAGUUCAAGGGAAACAAGUGCUGGACAGGUUACGUUUGGAUGGAAAAGUGGCCUAUGUGACUGGGGCUGGUCAGGGCAUCGGCAGGGCCUUCGCACAUGCUCUUGGAGAGGCUGGAGCCAAAGUCGCCAUCGUAGACAUGGACGAAGGAAAAGCAGAGAAUGUGGCCCAUGAACUGACUUUGAAAGGCAUUUCAAGCAUGGCUGUGGCCGCAGACAUCAGCCAACCAGAGGACGUUCAGAAGAUGAUUGAUGACAUUGUUUCUAAAUGGGGAACAAUUCACAUCGCUUGUAACAACGCUGGCAUCAACAAGAACUCAGCUAGUGAGGACACUAGUCUAGAAGAAUGGGACCAAACCUUUAGCAUUAACCUCAGAGGGACUUUCAUGUGUUGCCAGGCGGCCGGUCGUGUCAUGCUGAAGCAAGGAUACGGCAAGAUAAUCAACACCGCUUCCAUGGCCAGUUUAAUAGUGCCACAUCCGCAGAAGCAACUGUCCUAUAAUACAUCCAAAGCUGGGGUAGUUAAGCUCACACAAACCUUGGGCACAGAGUGGAUCGAUCGAGGCAUUCGAGUCAAUUGCAUCUCCCCUGGUAUUGUUGACACCCCUCUCAUCCAUUCAGAGAGUCUGGAGCCUCUAGUUCAGCGCUGGCUGUCAGAUAUCCCAGCCGGACGACUGGCUCAAGUGACAGACCUCCAAGCUGCAGUGGUAUACUUGGCAUCUGACGCCUCUGACUACAUGACAGGGCAUAACUUAGUCAUAGAGGGUGGUCAGAGUCUGUGGUAGAGAAAGUUUGCCUCUUGGAUUUGGUAAUAUACUCUCACCCAGUUUGAUUUUAACGAUACAGUACAUUGGUGAAGGGGUGUACUGUACAUUUUAAGUUAUCAGUACAUCCACAACCUGUUUAGUGUGUAGUGUCUCAUUUGUAAGCAACUCUACUUGUGUGUUAUUUAACUAGUGCAUUUUGUAUGAGGUUUCUAUAUUUGAACACUAUUACGAUAAACACUGCCUUCCACAACUAUAAUAAAGUCCACUGCAGGCAAGCUUACUGAACCCAUAUGCAGCUUUUAUUUACACAUAAGAGUUCAGGUAUACAAUUUUGCAUUGGAAAUGACUUGAACCAUUUCUGAACAUUGGUCAAAUAUGAGCAGCACAAAGUUUUCCAAAUGUAAUCACUACUAAAUUUGUGCCCUGAUUCAGAUGCAUCAUAAAUAACUUUUACAAUGCAUUUGUAAUGCUUUACGUACCCCAAUACUACCUGGUAUCACACUUGUUCAAGUCUAUCCACUCAUGUUCAACCUUGUGUAUAACACUACCAGUCUUUUUCACCGUCAGCAUUCGUGAAUGGCCCUGUAAGGGCCUCUACCACAGUUAUCUUAAUUGCUCUCUGUUCUGUGUAUAUGCUGAAAAACAAUACUUGAAUGAAACGGCCAGUGGAGAACUUGACCCCCGUCACUGCAAUUAUUCUAAAGGAGUGGCCAAUUAGUUCCAUUAGUAAAGCAAUAGGAUAGCAGGUAUGCACAUAAAUGUCUAUAAUUCAUGCCAUCAGCUCAGAUACUCAGGCCAGAUAUUUACAUAAUUAGUACUGCAAAUGAGGAUACUGGUGUUGGAGAGCUUCACUGUUGUGUUAGAUCGACAAUUCUGCCCCUGAUCUGAAGCCUAGCAUCACAUGAACUGUCAAGAUCUUCACUUUUAGAUCCAAGAAUACAAAAUAUGUUUAAAGUUAGAAAUAGUACUAAUCAGGAUUCAAUUAGUAUUUAAUGGCAAAGUUCUUCCGAGUAGGAAAAUCAGCAGGACUUAAUAAGAAUCAGUAAUUCAUUAUCUGUCCACACAGUGGAAGCAUGGAGACAGAAAGCUAUAGUUCAUCAUGUGCUUCUAUUUUACCAGAACAUAUCACGGGAGAACUAUCAAACUGUCAUUGCCCAUUGUCCUCAUUCUGUACAUGAGUUUAAGCAGUUUAUGUCCUUUUGGAAAGAAAUUAUUGUUUAUUAUAAAAUGCUUCUCAAACACUUAAAAUAAAAUUUAGGAUGCUA